AUGAACAAAGUCGCUGAUCUCUUUGAUAAGGGUGAUGGUUUGAUCAAUUCCAAGGAAUUCAUUGAUGCUCUUCGAUUCGAUAGAUCGAGAGAACUCAAGCCACCGAAUGAACACGAAAAAGUGAAUGAGGAGAUAACCAAGCAGAAGAACGCUUGCAGCUGCUGCCAACAAUUCAAAAUUGAGAAAGUUGCUGAAGGACAUUAUCGUUUUGGAGAUACCCAAAUCAAACGUAUGGUACGGAUUCUACGGUCGACUGUAAUGGUUCGCGUCGGUGGUGGAUGGGAGGCUUUGGACGAGUUUCUCUCGAAACAUGACCCUUGUAGAGCAAAAGGCCGACUCAAUAUUGAUAUGUUCUAUAAAGACGUAUCUCCCAGUACCGCAAUUGACACUAUGCGUGCAUUCACGAAAGGUCGUCGAAGAACCACCAGCAAUAAUGCGACGGCUGGACCAGUGAUGAAAGUUCGGGAAAAGACAGAAAGAAGUAUGCCAAUGUUUCCGCUUCGAAGGGAUCAUGAAAAUGCCUCCGAAGCAUCGGUGACGCGCACUCUCUUGUCAACCAGUCGUGAUUCCAUAGCUACUCCAUCUUCCAGACCACAUUCUCGUGCUUCAGAAUACACAGGAGAUGAAAGACCUACUCGCAUUCCGUCUUUGCGUAAUCAAAAGAACUCAAAAGUCAACUCAAUGAAGCCUUGA